AUGCGCGAUGUCGGCGUUAUCGUCCUCAACAUCAUCCGCGUGUGCAACAUAGUCAGCCUCCUCGCAGUCGUGGCUGCCUCCUUUGUGAUGCUCGUCAAGACUUUUGUGGUCAGCAAAUUCUUCUUCUUCGACGGCGUCAGUCACCUCAUUCAGGCCCUCAUAGCAAUCGGUCUCAUCGUGACCGAAGUCAAUCUCUUUCGCCGGUACAUCGCGACCAACUGGCCACUCCUUUCACCAAUUCACGGCUUCGUGACCCUCGGCGUUAUUAUGAUCAUCCUUGGUGUCUCCGUCCUGGGCAACCUCAACAAAGAAGCCACUUCGCAGCAAAGCUUGGGAACACCCAUGUGGCGCUGUGUCAUCUCCGCCGGAAUCCUGGCCUGUAUCUUUGGUAUCGUAAACAUAUUCGCCUCAUACUGCUUCCGCGACAAGCAAUACGGCGUCUCUGCCCGUUGGAUUCGUCAACACGGACGCCAAGCUCACGAAAAACCUGUCCCCUACACCUCUCCAGCACCGUCUUCACACCCCUCAGUGCGACGUACCCGUGCUUUCUCACUCCGCCGUUCCCACACCACUAAUGAUGUCCUCCCCUCUUACCACACACGCGCCAACUCAAACGAUCGUCGCAAUGUCUCCGCUCCCGUCACCGCUGCCCAUCCCGACGGCUUAGGAAUGAGUUACGCGGAGAAGAACGGGUAUUAUGCGAGUAAGGAUGACAAGGAGGGUGGGAUAUUAAGACCGCCUGUGGUCAAUGGGAUGCCGAAGCCGGAGUUGGCGCAUCAUCCUGCUUUCCAGGUGAGGCCUGCUUCAUCCGUCUACACGACUUUGUGA